UCAGCCCCCGCAAGAUGGCGGCCCCCUUGGAGCUCAGUUGCUGGGGAGGAGGCUGGGGGCUCCCUUCGGUACACAGCGAGUCCCUGGUGGUGAUGGCUUAUGCCAAAUUUUCUGGUGCACCUUUGAAAGUCAGUGUCGUAGAUAACACCUGGAGAGGUUCAAGAGGCGAUGUACCCGUUUUGACAACUGAAGACAACAUUGUUUCUCAGCCAGCAAAAAUACUAAAUUUUUUAAGAAAACAGAAAUAUAAUGCUGAUUAUGAACUCUCAGCAAAACAAGGGGCAGAUACAUUGGCUUACAUUGCUCUCCUUGAAGAGAAGCUUCUUCCUGCAGUACUUCACACAUUCUGGGUUGAGAGUGACAACUACUUUACUGUGACAAAGCCAUGGUUUGCUUCCCGAAUUCCUUUUCCCUUAAGUUUGAUCCUGCCUGGAAGAAUGUCUAGGGCAGCACUGAAUAGAAUCGUCUUGACUAGAGGACAGCCUCCCCUCUACCACCUUCAGGAAGUGGAAGCACAGAUAUACAGAGAUGCCAAGGAGUGCCUAAAUCUUCUGUCAAACAGAUUGGGAACAUCUCAGUUUUUCUUUGGAGAUACGCCUUCUACCUUGGAUGCCUAUGUUUUUGGUUUUCUUGCACCUCUUUAUAAAGUGCGGUUUCCUAAAGUUCAGCUACAAGAACACUUGAAACAGCUCUCCAACCUGUGUCGCUUUUGCGAUGAGAUCUUAAACAGUUAUUUUAGGCUUAAUCUUGGAGGCAUCUCUCCAGCUGGACAAGAAACAGUAGAUGCAAAUCUGCAGAAACUCACACAACUUGUAAAUAAGGAAUCCAACUUGAUUGAAAAGAUGGAUGACAAUCUUCGCCAAAGCCCUCAACUUCCUCGUCGGAAACUGCCAACACUUAAAUUGACUCCAGCAGAAGAGGAAAACAAUUCCUUACAACGGCUGUCACCCUGAUAGCCCUCAUGCUUUGUGGCCAAAGUCACGUGAUUGUUGCAGGAAUCUCUCACACCAAGUGUGUGAAGGCAAAGAGAAAACACCAUAAGAGGUGUAAGGAAGACUCUAAAACAAAAGGAAUUUUCUAUGACAUCUACUUUUUUUUUUUUUUUAUUAGGAAGCUUGUAUCUAGCCUGGCAGUGCAUUUUAAAUAA